AUGGUGUACUACACAGUAUCAGGGAUACGAUUCCGUUGCUUUCCUUCGGUCUACAACAACAGCAAGUCUCAAUCAAGUUUCAGUGGCGAUCCUUUGAGUCGAAAAGGCCUCUCCUUUUUCUUGAAGAAAGAGCCAUCUUCUCUGAAGAUGUUUGCUGAAAAGUCUUCUUAUGAUUCCGACUCUCCAAAUAUAGCUGUUACUACUACCACUCCUACUCCUAGUACUACUACAAAAACAACAUCCGAGAAAGUCCUUGUUCCCCUCGAUGGCAACACUUCAGAAGAUUCUCAGGUACCUCAUGAUGUAGAGAGUCUAACAAUGGAAGAUAAUCAGAUUGUUGAAGAACAGGAAAAGCAGGAGACAUCUACUCCUUUGAGCGAGCCAACAAUCAUUGGUAAAAGUGAAGCCAAAUCUAGGCUUAUCCCCCCACCUGGCUCUGGGCAGAGAAUAUACGAAAUAGAUCCAAGUUUGACUGGUUUCCGUCAACAUCUUGAUUACCGAUACGCACGGUACAAAACAAUUCGUCAAGAAAUUGACAAAUAUGAAGGUGGUUUGGAAGUGUUUUCGCGUGGCUAUGAAAAACUUGGUUUCACAUGCAGUGAAACAGGAAUAACUUAUAGGGAAUGGGCACCAGGAGCUAAGGUUUGUGCUGGCUCAAUUCUCUGUCAUGUGGUUUUUAGUUGGGCAGCAUUGAUUGGAGAUUUUAACAAUUGGAAUCCCAAUGCAGAUGUUAUGACCCGGAAUGAAUUUGGUGUCUGGGAAGUCUUUCUUCCAAACAACGCAGAUGGUUCGCCACCAAUUCCCCAUGGUUCUCGAGUGAAGAUACGCAUGGAUACUCCAUCUGGCAUUAAGGAUUCUAUACCCGCUUGGAUUAAGUUCUCAGUACAGGCUCCAGGAGAAAUCCCAUACAACGGCGUAUACUAUGAUCCGCCGGAGGAGAAGCGGCCACAUAUGUGGCUUUGUGAGAUUCAAAGAGAAUCAAGGUCUGUGUAUCAUGCUAGGACUACAAGGGCAAAUCAGGUUGUUUCAAAACAACUUAUUGAUCAAUGCCAAUUUGCCAAUGGUCAGUUUAAAUAUCCAAAUAACUCAGCAAAGAGUGAAUCUGUUGCCGAAGUUAUUAGAAACAACCAAUGUUCGAUAAAAUCAGAAAAUUACAUAUUCAAACAUCCUCAACCAAAGAGACCAAAGUCACUUAGGAUUUAUGAGGCACAUGUUGGAAUGAGUAGUACGGAGCCAUUAAUCAACACAUAUGCCAACUUUAGAGAUGAUGUGCUUCCUCGCAUCAAAAGACUUGGCUAUAAUGCUGUUCAGAUUAUGGCUAUUCAAGAGCACUCAUAUUAUGCUAGUUUUGGGUACCAUGUCACAAAUUUUUUUGCGCCCAGUAGUCGAUGUGGAACCCCUGAUGAUCUGAAGUCUCUGAUAGAUAGAGCUCAUGAGUUAGGUCUGCUUGUUCUUAUGGAUAUCGUUCACAGCCAUGCAUCGAAUAAUACAUUGGAUGGUUUGAAUAUGUUUGAUGGAACUGAUAGUCAUUACUUCCACUCCGGUUCACGGGGCCAUCAUUGGAUGUGGGACUCCCGACUUUUCAACUAUGGAAGCUGGGAAGUACUAAGGUUUCUUCUUUCAAAUGCAAGAUGGUGGCUGGAUGAAUAUAAGUUUGAUGGGUUCAGAUUUGAUGGUGUGACAUCGAUGAUGUACACCCACCAUGGGUUAGAGGUAGCUUUUACUGGAAACUACAAUGAGUACUUUGGAUAUGCAACUGAUGUAGAUGCCAUGGUAUAUCUGAUGGUUGUUAAUGAUAUGAUUCAUGGUCUCUUCCCUGAGGCUGUGACCAUUGGUGAAGAUGUCAGUGGAAUGCCAACAUUCUGCAUCCCUGUCCAAGAUGGCGGUGUGGGAUUUGAUUAUCGCCUCCACAUGGCUAUUGCUGAUAAAUGGAUUGAUCUUCUCAAGAAGAGGGAUGAAGACUGGAGAAUGGGUGAAAUUGUGCACACUCUCACUAACAGAAGGUGGAUGGAAAAGUGUGUUUCGUAUGCUGAAAGUCAUGACCAAGCUCUUGUUGGUGACAAAACCAUUGCAUUCUGGUUGAUGGACAAGGAUAUGUAUGACUUCAUGGCUCUUGAUAGACCAUCAACUCCUCGCAUAGAUCGUGGAAUAGCAUUGCACAAAAUGAUCAGGCUUAUUACCAUGGGUUUAGGAGGAGAAGGAUAUUUGAAUUUUAUGGGAAAUGAGUUUGGACACCCUGAGUGGAUUGAUUUCCCAAGGGGCAAGCAGCACCUUCCAAAUGGUAAAAUUAUUGCAGGCAAUGAUAACAGUUUUGACAAAUGCCGGCGUAGAUUUGAUCUAGGUGAUGCGGACUAUCUAAGAUAUCGUGGAAUGCAAGAAUUUGAUCAGGCAAUGCAGCAUCUUGAAGAAAUCUAUGGUUUCAUGACUUCCGAGCACCAAUAUAUAUCACGAAAAAGUGAAGGGGAUCGAAUUAUUGUCUUUGAAAGAGGGAACCUGGUUUUUGUCUUCAAUUUUCAUUGGACCAACAGCUAUUCAGACUACCGAGUAGGCUGCUUAAAGCCAGGAAAGUACAAGGUUGUUUUAGAUUCAGAUGAUCCAUUGUUUGGAGGCUUUAAAAGGCUUGAUCACAAUGCUGAGUACUUCAGCUUUGAUGGGUGGUAUGAUAACCGACCUCAUUCCUUCUUGGUGUAUGCACCAAGUAGAACGGCGGUGGUCUAUGCUCUAGUGGAGGAUGAAUUGGAACCUGCUGAGAAUGAAGCUGAAUCUGCUGCGCUCUGA